AAAUAUUAUUGAAAUUGGAGAAACUUUUGGCAGCGGAAUCUACAAUUCCAAUCGGUUCCACAUCCACAAAUAAUCAGAGGACAUGACAUGGCAUCAUUCCUAUGGAUUGUAGUCCUUCAAUUAAAAUGGGGUUAAUCGAAGUUUGAAAUUCUGAGAUGAGCUCUUCUCUGAUUGCGAUGCCGGCGGACAGUUCGAUCCCUUCGGGGCGCCCGCCGGACAACUGCCAACUUUUUACAGAGGCUACAACGUCGACAGGGGCAGGGGAUAAUCCUCUGAAGGCAUCCACGGGGGACCUGCUCGCUGGGAUGCAGAUUGACAAGCCGCCGGCGCCAACAAAUCUGGGCCUUUCGCCGACGGGAGAUACGAUCGAUGUGCUCGCUGCUGACACCACUGGUGACCAGACUUCCACCUCGCCUUCAAAGCGGAUCGUCUCCUAUGCUGGGAUUGUGGCAGGGGAGGGGAGUAUGUCGAAAGGUCCUAUGUCACAGUGGAUUCCUGUUGGUGAACACGAUCUCAUUCCAGGAUCGUUCCAAGGAGAGCCUGAGCUGCGGUUAUCUGACAACUUCAAGACGAAGCUUAGUGCCCCCUGGCAGCGAACCUUGGUGGUGCGGUUGCUGGGAAGGAAUAUUGGCUAUACAACGCUCUGCAAUAGAAUCAGGGCCCUUUGGCGCCCAUCUGGUAGCAUGGAGGUAUUAGCUUUGUUUUAACUAGCUUGUGUAAAAUGCUCUUACGUUGGAACAGGUUGUCUUGUCGCUGUUGAUCAUUGGCUUCAUAGGGACCAUUUCCCUUCACUCAUUGUUUGUAAUGGGAGUUCCCACAACUUUUUUAGGGUUCUACUUGUACGAAUGGAACGAAGAAGCGCUUGAUGGUUUGGUGUCGGAUGCUCUCUCUUACGGAUAUAAAUUGAAAUCUCAAAUCAUCCACAAAGUAACUGGUCCAAAACUUGACUAACAAUGAAGGCUCAUUAGAUAAACUAUGCAGUUUCUUCUUUGUGCCCCUCCCUUGGUUGACAGUUUUGUAAAGGUCACGGAAACAUACAUGGUCAGCUGGGAUACUUCUGUUUGUAUCGAGUGUUACACUAACAGCGUAAUGCAAUCUGUUUUUGAUUUUAUUUGGCUACUAUAACUUGAUCAUUUAAACUUAUAGUAUUAGGCAUAUCAUUUGCCAGUCACCAU